CCAAAUGACCAACAUCGAGCAACACCAUGACGUGGUUAAGGAGAGCUUUUUUCACUUUAUUCGCAAACACAUACCGAAGGCGGAUCUGAACAUUGUGGACGAGAUCGUCCUGUCGUACGUAAUAUCCAUCCUCGAGGAAGCGUCCCAGGAUCCGUGCUUCGACGUUGAAGGUUUCAUCGAGAUGAUGUCGGCGUACUUUAACGAAUUUGCCAACAUAGAGCCGGAAACGGUGUGCUCUUGGAUUUUCGAGCUGGAAAAUCAAAUCUCCAACAAGAAUCCGAUCUCAAAGACGGAAUCGAACAACUUGUCGCUGAAUUCGCUCUCCUUGGUGGAUAUGAUACCGGAGGAAAAGCUUCGAGGACGUCACUCGUCCGAAAGCGAUCGUGAAGCGAUGGGCCACGAUUCGCAUAAACGUACCCACCGUCUGUCGGACAGUGAUGGUGGUUCGACCGAUGGAUGCAAUUACGAUCUGUUUGCGGAACAGUGCGAAAUAUUGCAGGAAAUGUUUCCCGAUAGUUCAUUCAUCGAGGUAAAGCAUUGCAUGCUGAUCGCGAAUGGCGAUGUUGAUCGGGCAACACAGGUUCUGCUCCAUCGCCAAGAAGCGGGUCAAAGUCUGAAAGGUCCUUCGAGCAGCAUGUUGCAGGCGGGCAAACCGCACCAGCAGGUGGACGAACACGAGCUUAAAAAUCGCAUCAUCUCCAAGUAUUCAUACGUCGACAAGGAGGACAACCGCGAGUAUAAACCGGUCGCACCGAAGGUGGAACCGAAGAAGAUGAUCCGAUAUCGGGACAACAAGAUUGUAUCGUUCAAGGGCGAACGGUACACGGAGGUGUCCCGUCGCGGUGGCGAGGAAGAGACUGAACUCAAAAAACCUAAGAAACCUAUCUGUCCGUAACUAAUGAUACUCAUCCUCAGACUCAGUAGUUCAUAGCGAAACGUUCAGAGCUUCAUUGAAGCUGUAGUCGUCG